CCCCAUCUCUGACUGUAGCCUAAUGCCAAGCAUACCAAACGGCUGGACUGUCAACUAGCUAAAUACUUUCUUCUCAGGCUCAGUGAGAUUACCAAGCGUUAAUUUAGUUAACCUAACUAGGUCUCGCUGUAUUACACAUGGUAACGAACAACAAUGUAAUUCCAGUGCAAAAAGGCGUGAACAACCAACUCGUCAGAUGAAGGUAGGACUUCCUCAGUAAUGCAAUUAUCUACCAUUAGCUAUGUGUUUACCGCCGGCAAACCAAUUUAGUCACCGUACCCUGCCGAAAACAACGAAAUGGUUAGCUAGCAAUUCAGCCACUUGGUCUGUAGUACCACUCGAAGUAGUACGUCCACACAACGCGCAACGUUAGUUACUAAAAUCAAACCCCUAACUUCAUUAGCUAACGUUAGCUAGCUUGAUAGCUGCAUGUUUAGUAUGGGCAGGGUAGUCUAGCUAACGUAGCAGUUAACGUGAAGAUGUAACGUUAUAGCAAGUUCCAUGAGAAACUUAUUUAGCGAAGUGUUAACACAUUGCAACAAACAAAUAACUAACUGGGUCACAGCCGUGAAAUGUGUGAAGUGCACAUAUUUGCAGUAGACAGCUCAGGAAAACAGGUUUCAUAUGGCUACGUUAACUAGCCUGCUAGUGCUAACUCACCCUCCAGUUGGCGACAGAAAAUCGCCGUCUUCAUCGUCCGCGGCAAACAUCUCUCCUGCUCUUUGAUUUCCUCCCUUAAAAGUGGACAGGCCUGGGUCACGCAACCUCGGAUUUCCCUUCCCGUUUCUGAUGGAGAGAUCAGCUGGCAUGUCACAUGCUGUCGUAAAGGCACAGCGCAAGAACAGCUCAUAAUGUCCGAAUGACACCCCCAUCCUUGUUAGUAUUAUAUGGCAGCCAGACCGGGACGGCUCAAGAUACAGCCGAACGAAUUGGACGACAGGCCAAGAGGAGGUGGCUGAAAGUCAGGGUGGAGGCGUUGGACAAUUACAAUGUGGCUAACCUAAUUUCUGAGUCCUUGGUGGUAUUUGUGUGUGCCACCACUGGCCAAGGUGACCCACCUGACAACAUGAAGAAAUUCUGGCGUUUUCUCUUCCGGAAGUCACUGCCCGCUGGUUCCCUGUGUCGCCUGGACUGUGCUGUGUUGGGUUUAGGGGACUCCUCAUAUCCCAAGUUUAAUUUUAUUGCCAAGAAGCUUCAGAAACGCCUAGAGCAGCUGGGAGCCAGCACCCUGUUACCACUUGGGCUAGCAGAUGACCAGCAUGACCUGGGCCCAGAUGGAGUUAUUGACCCCUGGCUCCGUGCAUUCUGGGAUAGAGUACUGGCUCUCUAUCCCCCACCUGCAGGCCUGGAUCCCCUCAGUGACGAUGAGCUACUCCCUCCCAGGUUUGUGUUUCACUUCCUGGAUGAUGUCACAGAGAAUCUUACCAUCCAAUCAGAGGUCAUGGACCCAGAGCAGCUGCGGUCAUCUUCGCAGACUCAUCCUUUUAUGGCACGGGUAGUCUCCAACCAGAGAGUGACCCAUGCCUCCCACUUUCAGGAUGUUCGUCUUAUCGAGUUUGACAUCUCAAGGUCAAAUAUAGAGUACAGCGCUGGAGACGUGGUGAUGAUCCAACCCAAUAACUGCUCUGAGAAUGUGGAGGAAGUCUGCCAGAUGAUGAGAUUGGACCCCAGGCAGCAGUUCAUCUUAAGGCCAGCAGAGGGCGAGACAGUGCCUGCACGCCUGCCGCAACCGUGCACCCUGGCAUAUCUCCUGGAGAGCUUCCUGGACAUCAGCUGUGUACCUCGCCGCUCGUUCUUCGAGCUGCUUUACUGCUUCGCCACAAACGAGCUGGAGAAGGAGAAACUAAUGGAGUUCUGCUCGGCAGAGGGCCAGGAGGAGCUGUACGCCUACUGCAACCGGCCUCGGCGCACAGCUGUGGAGGUCCUGGCGGAUUUCCCCCACACCACAGCUGACCUUACAGUAGAUUACCUGCUGGACCUCUUCCCAGAAAUCCAGCCUCGCUCCUUCUCCAUCGCCUCCUCACUACUGGCCCACCCCAAUAGGAUCCAUAUUCUCUUAGCUGUAGUGCAGUACAAAACUAAACUGCAGAAACCACGCAAAGGCCUCUGUUCAACCUGGCUGGCCUCCCUGGACCCCACACAAGGGGCGGUCCAUGCCCCACUGUGGGUGAAGAAGGGCACACUGAAGUUCCCCAGUGCCCAUGACUCUGCUGUUAUAAUGGUAGGGCCUGGAACAGGGGUGGCUCCUUUCAGGUCUGCACUGUACGAGAGGAUAGCCCAAGGCAAGACUGGCAAUGUGCUAUUUUUCGGCUGUCGCUCUUCAUCCAUGGACUUUUACUGCCAGCGUGAGUGGGAGGAGAUGGAGCGAGCGAGGCAGCUGAAUCUCUUCACUGCCUUCUCCCGGGACCAGGAGGACAAGAUCUACGUGCAGCAUCGAGUGAAGGAGCAGGCUGUGCUGCUGUGGGACCUCAUCACCAACAGCAAUGGACAUUUCUACAUCGCUGGUAAUGCGAAAGACAUGCCGGCGGCCGUGUCCGAUGCCCUGAAGGAGGCGUUCCAGAGCGAGGGGGGCAUGUCUGCCUCCCAGGCCGAGGACAUGUUUAAUGCCAUGGACAGGACCGGCCGGUUCCAGAGCGAGACCUGGGCCUGAUGCCACAUCCACGACAUCCCCGCCAGCGUCUUCACACGCAUGGGGACAGGGGCUUUUCCGGUUCUUUCUCAGAAAAAUGGAACUGAGUAGUACUGCAGCAAAGCAAGAUGCCCCAUGCAUUUCAAUAUAGGCUAUGUGAAUUUAACCCAUUUACACGUUCCAACCUCUCUGUUUAUCAAGCUGAAAUAAUGUAUAAGUGGUAAGUUAUGUGGUUUAUGUAAUAUGCAUAUUUUAUAUGAAAUCAAAAAACUCAAAUACAAAAACCUGAAAUGAAA